CCGUUUACAUUGUAGAGAUAUGUUUACGUCCUCUCCUUGAGCAGGAACGUCCUUGUCGUGGAUAUGAAAAGAACGCACCUUCACCCGCAUCCAAACAGACUUCUUUGGAGCAAUAAUUUCCCGCUCAAAAAAAACAAGGAGCACGCACGCAGUAGACGUGUCUCCGUCGAGAGUCUCUCUCUCUCUCUCUCAAGCCCCCCAUACCUGAAUCACACAAUUUCUCAAUUCGAGUUUCCACUGGACGUUCAAAUUUGCGGAGUAGAUCUUCAACAAUGGGAGAUGUGAUGAAGAGAUGGUCGGUAACCUACACGAAGCACGUUAAACAGAAGCGCAAGGUCUAUCAAGACGGCUUCUUAGAGCUUCACGACUCGAGCCACAAGAUCAUGCUCUAUGACGACUGCGAGAAACUCCUGAUUUGUAGGAUUGCGAAUAACGAUGAUGUUGUCAAAUCUGGUGAAACACUGGAAUUCAAUUCUUAUCUUGUUGACAUUGGGGAUCUUGAAGGAGAUCAUAAGAAUAUACCUAAUGCAAAUCUACCAGAAAGAGAUAACAAAAUUGCUGAUGGAGCUGGGUUGGUUUGUGGGCGCAAGUUCAAGCAUAAUUCUGUUCCUGUUGAUAGGAAACCAGACUCCGGGAAGUAUAAAGCACCAUCAUGUAGUCUAAGUCCAUCACAAAAAAUUAUUAGAGAGUUUAAGAAGAAUGAAAUGAACAAGUAUGGAGCACCAAGGAAUUGCGCAGAUCCUACAAAACCUAGCUAUUCUGAAUGGAUUGUGCUUUAUACGACACAAAUAACACAAAAGGCCAAGAAGUAUCAUGAUGGAAUCUUAAGAGUUGCAACUUGUGGAUCGCAGGGGAGGCAGGUUACACUGUAUGAUGUAAGCAGGAGACCUUUAGACAGUAGGUUCCUUAAGAAGGGUGAAGUGAUUGGAUCUGGUGAAUCUCUUGCUUUUGAUGGCCAUUUGGUCGACAUUGAAGAACCUGAAGGAGACCAUAAGCCUCCAGUGGACUUGAAAGUUCACGGAAGAAAUUGCACAGCAAGUGGCAGGACAGGAUUAUCGGAUGGACAAGAGACCCACCGCAGUUCUAUAGAGAUUGGAAGGUCUGCUUCAAGUGAUAGUGUGUUGCCGCCACCAGGUUGUCUCAAACCUGUUAAAACAUUCAUGAGAGAAUGGCAUGCUCUAUACACAACUCAGAUAAGUCAAAUAGCAAAAAAGUACCAUAGUGGUAUCCUCAGACUUGCCUCAUGCAAUUCCUACCAGAUGCAGGCUACUUUACUUAAUGAAGAUGGAACCAUUCUGAGCCUUAAAUAUCUCAAAUCAUUGGAAGAUGUGAGAAGUGGGAGUACAUUUGAACUCCCAAAGUAUUUGGUGGAGGUUGGUGAGCCACGGACACAUCCUGAAGGGGAACCUCCAAAAAGUGAUUGUUCAGGAAAAGACUUGGAUACAAAUUUUAGUGGCUUUCAUGUUGAAAAUUUCAAAUUGGAAAGGAGUGUCCCAAUAGACAAGCCUUUAUGCGAUGAAUGGAUUGUGCUUUAUACCACACAAAUAACCCAGAAGGCCAAGAAGUAUCAUGAUGGGAUCUUAAGAGUUGCGACUUGUGGAUAUCAAGGGAGGCAGGUUACACUGUAUGAUACAGGCAGGAGACUCUUAGAUAGUAGAUUCCUCAAGAAGGAUGAAGUGAUUGGAUCUGGUGAAUCACUUGCUUUAGAUGGCCAUUUGGUCGACAUUGGAGAACGUGAAGGAGACCUUAGGCCUCCAGAGGAAUUGAAAGUUCCAGGAAGAAAGUGCACAGCAGGCGGCAAAACAGGAUUUACGCAUGGCCGACAGACCCAACCCAGUACCUCCUUUGAGAUUGAGAAUUCCGGUUCAAGUAAUAGUAUGUCUCCACUGAAUGGUCUCAAAGCCAUCAAAACAUUCACGAGAGGAGAACCUUCAAAAAGUGCUUCUUCAGAAAAAGACACGGAUUUUAGUGCAAUUGAUGUUGACAAUUUCAAACGGGAGAGGAGAGUCCCUAUUGACAAUCCUUUACGUGAUGCCAGUGGAAUUUUGUCUAUUCUGAAGAAAACAAUGACUCAGGAAGGUAGUGUGCCCUUAAUGAGCACAUCUGUGAAGGAAUGCCAUGCUUUGCAAUCUUCAGAGUUUAUCCAGUUCGAUCCUCAGCAUCAGAUCAAGAGCAUCAGACAUCUCUAGUCCCAAAAAUUCUGAUCCAGAGUGCACUGAUAAGAGCAUCUUGAGGCCAGUUUCUUCUGUUGAGAAGCCUCAAGUUUUGGAUGCUUUUAAAUUGAAUUGUCCUGAUAAUUUCCAACCACCAACUGCAUCAGUGCCAAAUGAUGGCACAAUAGGGAAUUUCUCAAAAUCAAUAUCUUCGAAUGGUGAGUUUUACUUGUCAUUUUAUGGAGUUUUCACAGUGAUCAUUUAAUUUGCAAAUAUCCAAACCUAACCUGAAUUUUUCUGCAGUUUCCUCGAGCUGCCAUGGCAACCCAUUCUCUGGGGAAUUGAAUAUUAGAACUUCUCCCCCGGUCGGUGUUUUAGUGCUUCUUCUUAUCUAUUGCCUAUUUGUCUCUAUGUAAUGUUUGUUUUCAGUUUUGCUAGAUGUCUCGCCUUUUAAACUGAAUUCAAAGUUUGAAGCUUUUGUGAACCUCCAAAAAUAUGUUUGAUCAUGUUUUACUUACAAGAUUGAUGCUCCAGUUCUUUCACAGUAAUAUCCACCAGUAUUCUUUUUCUUUUUUUUUUCCCCGCUGGGUCAAUGACUAUGUACUUGUGCUUCUCUUGGUAUUUUGUAGCCAGAAGAGACUAAAUGGCAUGAAGGAGAUUGUUCCAGUGUUAUAACGAAUUCCAAUGGUUGUAAAUCUCAUGAAUCCAGUGAUAGUGGAAGGCAGAAUUCCAAGGAGAACAAGAGCACAUGCAAAAUGGAUGAAAUCCCAAGUUUUGAUCUUGGGUUUUGAACAAGGCAACUUCAUCUUAUUUUCCUCUGUGUGCACCUUCUUAAUAGCAUAACCAGUGGUGUUCUCUCAUACAGAAACUGUUAUUGGCUCGGAUAGAAGGCUCCAAAGCACUAUGGUAUGUGAAUAUAUGCUUUUCCAGGUCUUUAGUUAGUCCUCAACUAAGGAACAUUUUCAUGCCAAAAGUUUUAAUCCUUGGCAUUGCAAGAAUCCGAUCUGCUAUAUUCCCUUAUGCUGAUUUAGAUUUCCCUGUGAAUGGAGGAAUGAAAUUAAGAUAAAAUAUUUUUGCUUAUUCACUACUUAAGUUUUGUUAAUCACAGAGGGGAGUCUAAAUGUAACCCUGAUCUCCGAUAUCAUUGCCAUGUGGACACAGAAUUCGAGCUCUUCAGCAGUUGUCUGAGUCUCUGAUGCUAACUGCUAAGAAUGCCCCUGGCUGAUGUACAAGAUCCCAAUUUCAUAUAUAAUUUUACAUGAAUAACGAGUUGCAUCUUUGCUUUUAACGACUA